AUGGACUUGUUCCGGGUCAGGUUGAAUUGUAUCGACAACUAUCAAGCGACGCCCACACAAUACGACCCUCAGCUGCGUAAUGAUAUACGUCCUUCUCAGAUUUCCAAGGGCCCCAAAGUCCCUAUAGUACGCGUCUUUGGAGCCACUGAGACAGGCCAAAAAGUAUGUGCGCAUAUUCACGGUGCAUUCCCAUAUUUGUAUGUGGAAUACGAAGGGGGCUUGUCUCGCGAUGAAGUCGGCGCCUACAUUUAUCGUUUCCAUUUGUCCAUCGACCACGCAUUGGCUGUCAGCUACCGCAGAGAUCAGAAGAACGACAAUGCAAGGUUUGUGGCAAGGAUUACUCUCGUCAAGGGUAUACCCUUCUAUGGCUUUCAUGUCGGGUAUAAGUUCUUCUUAAAGAUCUACAUGUUCAACCCUAUUGUUAUGACUCGACUGGCCGAUCUCCUCCAGCAAGGCGUUAUUAUGAAACAAAAGUUUCAGCCAUACGAAGCCCAUCUGCAAUUCCUUCUUCAGUUCAUGACGGAUUUCAACUUGUAUGGCUGCGAUUAUUUGGAAUCAACGAGUACCGGAUUCCGGUCACCGGUCCCCGAAUAUGAUCAAAGACCGGAUUCCUCUCACCUCUGGCACAGCCAGUCUAUCCCCCAGGAGUGCAUUACCGACGAAACUACACUCCCGCGCAGCAGCCAUUGCUCGAUUGAAGUUGAUAUAUGCGUCCAGGAUAUAGUCAACAGGCACAAAGUCAAGGAAAGGCCACUUCACCAUGAUUUUACCGAGCGGACCAACCCUCUUCCCUCAGACAUGAAGCUGGUUUACAGCAUGGCUGGGCUAUGGAAAGAUGAGACCAAGAGGCGUAAAAGAAAAAUGCCAAACCCUACUGAAGGCAGCAGUCCAUUUCCUCCAGAAGUCCUUGUAUCAAUGUCAGCCAAUCCACGCGACUCACAGCCUCAGGGUUGGAUACACGAAGAAGAGUACAGAACCGAGAUUCAGAACCUUAUCGCAUCAGAGAAUGUUGCCCUCGAUACAGAGGAGCUCACUUUUGAGGCUUUUGCAAAGCCUCAUCCCUACGAAGAGCAUGUCAAGACCACGCUGGAGUCGAUCGAAGACCUUUUCCCAUCGAAUCUCGCGGCAGCUUUGGGAUUGCCCUUAGGCAUCCAGCCUGGCCAAGACCUGAAAAGCAGCAUCAUAGUCGACGAGGGGAAAAUGCGCGAAGUCCGAGAGGCCCAUGGCGAAGUCUUCCCAGAAGACUCAGAUGAAGAGGCCAUCACGGCAUUGGUGGCAAUGGGGAAAGCUGCUGAUAAGGAGUCUCGCGGUUGUACCAACCAAUUUCCAGAAGAUCUGGAACAGGCGGCAGCAAUCGAUAUCGGCUUCGAAAAAUCAAGCCAGAAGCCAUUUUGGUCUUCAAUUCUUGGUGUCUGUCAGAGUGGUCUGGCCUCUGGCAAUUUGCCUGCCGUUCCCUUGAAUCAAGCUUUGUUUCACCGCGUGGAGGAUGAAGGCCUGGUUGGCCGUGCGGUUGACGCUCCGAAAUAUACUUCCUCUGCUUCAACACAGCUGAAGCGACCAAUGACUGAUGUUGCGUCAUCCCAAUUGUCGAGCAAAAAGCUCAAACCUCACGAGCAGCCAACAAUCGACGAGGACGAGGAUGAGGAUGAAAUGGACUUGGUCCCCAUACCUUCCACACACCUAAGCAAGCGGCCUACACCCUCUUUUAGGGGAUCAUCUAUUCUCAAGGGCCACUCCUCCCAUAAAAAGACCUUGGGGUCUGUCCUGAAAGGUACCACCGGGAAUAACCAUAAACUGAAUUUCCCUACUGUUAAAGAUCAGAAUGAUCCAAGCACGAAGCUCCGUCUCAGUCAAAUAAGCCAAAAAUCCGCUUCGCAACAAACCGACGAAGGUCGGCACACCAAACAUGUUUCAUUCGAUCCCAGCAGCUUUCUACCUGCUGAAUCGGGACCUUCUCGGGUGGCUCUGGUACCAUCUUUGAUAUGUGAAGAAGAAAGCAAAAGUAAUCUCUCUAAAAUCCAGCGAGCUAUGGGCAGAUUUGCCAGUCCACCAGUAUAUUUGCUUUCCUCUCUACCGCCAAUCGCAGCUUCUGUGGUAUCAUCAUUGAAGGAACAUAUGCUCCCUGAAGUCCUCUACCAAGACGCAUAUUAUAGCAAGGAAAAGGAUGUCCCUGGUCGAAUACGUGAGUACGCCGGGAAAGAGUUUCGAUUAGAAGGCAAUACUGUACCGUUUCUUCCCGAAUUCGAUCCAACGGCUACAUCGCCAGCCAACUACGGACUCAAGUACGAAUCUCUUGAUAAAGCUACCAUUGAACUCCAGUAUGAACGACAAGGGAAGGAAUGUUCAUGGAGGAGCUGGGAAUUUUCAAGCCCCCCACCCACUUACAACGAAGUUGAGAGCUGGCGGCUUGAACAAGAGCGCAAAGCCAAUACCCAGGAUGUGUCCAAACUGCCGUCAACUCCUAGACACUGCCGCUCUCAGAUCGAAGGACCAACGCCAAAGAACAAGCACGGCUUCAAGUACACACCAGGCAAAAAAGCGACAAGCGUGCAGCACGAGGUCCAAUACAUGAGUACAAUGAGCCUGGAGGUUCAUGUAAACACUAGGGGAAAUUUCGUUCCAAAUCCUGAAGAAGAUGAAAUCCAGUGUGUUUUCUGGGCAAUCAAGUCUGACGGAGCUUCCGCUGGCAGUCAGGACUCAAUGAGAACGAUUCAAACAGGGAUUCUACUACUGUCCAACGAUCUCGAAUUUACGCAGCGUGUUCACCGCCAAGCAUUUGCCGAUGUCAUUGAGGAAACUUCUGAGCUAGAUCUCAUGGUUCGUAUGGUAGAAAUAGUGAGGACUUAUGAUCCUGACAUCCUGACUGGCUACGAAGUCCAUGGCAGCUCAUGGGGUUAUCUGAUCGAGAGAGCCCGGCUAAAAUACGACUAUAACCUUUGUGAUGAGUUUUCUCGCAUGAAAGCCGAAUCCCAUGGCAGGUUCGGUAAAGAAAACGACCGAUGGGGAUUUAACACUACCUCUACGAUUCGAGUUACGGGUCGUCACAUGGUUAAUAUCUGGCGGGCAAUGCGAGGAGAGCUUAAUCUCCUUCAGUACACAAUGGAGAACGUUGCCUGGCACCUGCUGCAUCAGCGUAUACCCCAUUACACUUGGAAAUCAUUAACAAGUUGGUACAAGAGUGGCAAGCACCGAGAGCUCAGCAGGAUGCUGAGAUACUACCAGAAUCGCACAAAGCUCGACAUCGAGAUAUUAGAUGCCAACGAAUUGAUCGCCAGAACAAGUGAGCAAGCAAGGCUUCUUGGUGUAGAUUUCUUCUCGGUUUUUUCGCGGGGAUCACAGUUCAAGGUUGAGUCGAUCAUGUUCAGAAUCGCCAAACCAGAAAACUUUCUUCUUGUAUCGCCCAGUCGCAAGCAAGUCGGCGGUCAAAACGCUCUUGAGUGUUUACCACUUGUCAUGGAACCCCAAAGUGCCUUCUAUAACAGCCCCCUUCUGGUCCUUGACUUUCAGAGUCUAUACCCAAGUGUCAUGAUCGCUUACAAUUAUUGUUAUUCAACUUUCUUGGGUCGAGUCACCAACUGGAGAGGCAUGAACAAAAUGGGUUUCACCGAGUAUAAGCGUCAGCAAGGUCUUCUUGCCCUUUUAAAGGACUACAUCAACAUCGCACCGAACGGUAUGAUGUAUGCAAAGACAGAAAUCAGAAAGUCAUUGCUUGCCAAGAUGCUGACUGAGAUCCUCGAAACUCGCGUUAUGGUCAAGAGCGGUAUGAAGCAAGACAAAGACGAUAAAACUCUUCAACAACUUCUCAACAACCGACAACUCGCUCUCAAGUUGCUCGCGAAUGUCACAUAUGGUUAUACUUCGGCCUCGUUUUCUGGCCGUAUGCCUUGCUCGGAAAUUGCAGACAGUAUCGUGCAAACUGGUAGGGAGACUCUUGAAAGAGCAAUUGCGUAUAUCCACUCGGUCGAGAAAUGGGGCGCAGAAGUCGUGUAUGGCGAUACCGACAGUUUGUUCAUUUAUUUGAAAGGUCGAACCAAAGACGAGGCAUUUGACAUCGGCAACGAGAUCUCAAAGGCGAUCACUGAGAUGAACCCACGGCCAAUCAAACUCAAGUUUGAGAAAGUCUAUCACCCAUGCGUACUUCUCGCCAAGAAGCGAUACGUCGGCUACAAGUACGAGAGCAAGGAUCAGGUGAAGCCUGAGUUUGACGCUAAAGGAAUCGAGACUGUCCGCCGUGACGGUACACCUGCUGAGCAGAAGAUUGAGGAGAAGGCCCUACGCCUACUUUUCGAGACUGCAGACCUCAGUCAAGUAAAGGAGUACUUCCAGGAGCAAUGUCAAAAGAUCAUGCGCAACAAUGUGUCUGUUCAGGACUUUUGCUUCGCGAAGGAAGUUCGUCUAGGCACAUACUCUGAUAAAGGUGCACCACCUGCAGGAGCCCUCAUCAGUACCAAGCGUAUGCUUCAAGAUGCUCGCGCAGAGCCACAGUAUGGCGAGAGAGUCCCUUACGUAGUGAUUACUGGUGCUCCAGGAGCUCGCCUCAUCGAUCGAUGUGUUGCUCCUGAAGAGCUUCUCGGCAAUCCGCACUGGCAGCUAGAUGCUGAGUAUUACAUCUCCAAGAAUCUCAUACCCCCUCUCGAGCGCAUCUUCAACCUCAUGGGUGCAAACGUGCGGCAGUGGUAUGAUGAAAUGCCAAAAGUGCAGCGCGUUCAUCAUGCAACCACAAUUGGGAACAAGAAAGCGACUCUCGAAUCGUACAUGAAGUCGACGCACUGCCUUGUUUGCGGCAUUAGGUUCUCCCAGGAAGACAAUCCUCUUUGUAUAUCUUGUCGCACAAACAUCCCCUCGGCACUACUCGCGCUUCAAACACGACUGACGACUGAGGAACGUCGCUUACAGGAGGUGCUCUCGCUCUGUCAAAGCUGCUCUGGUAUUGGACCCGUUGAGGAUGUCCAGUGUGACAGUAAGGAUUGCCCUGUAUUUUGGACACGCAUGAGGCAAGUCGGCAGAACACGAGGGGUGCGAAACUCAAGCCAGCCUGUGAUUCAAUCGCUGAUACAAGAUAUUGAGAAGUUAUCACUGGAUUGGUAA